AUGGGCCUUUACUGGGCUGAUGGCUCCUGGGACGGGCCUGGAAGCAGCCUGGCAGGUGCUGCUUGGGCUCCCCCUCCUGCCAUCACCGCCUGUGCUCCUGUGUGGGCGGCCAGCGGCAGAUGUCGCCCAGGCGGCAGGCGGAGCGGGAUCGAGCUCUCCGGGCCCGCGGUGCGGGCGGGACGCGCCCCGAGCUCUCCGGGCCCGCGGUGCGGGCGGGACGCGCCCCGAGCUCUCCGCGCCCGCGGUGCGGGCGGGACGCGCCCCGAGCUCUCCGCGCCCGCGGUGCGGGCGGGACGCGCCCCGAGCUCUCCGCGCCCGCGGCGCUGCGGGCGGCGGGCCCGCCCCCGUUCCCGGGGCAGCGGCCGCGCCCCGGCCAGCGGCCCGCCCGGCAUGGAGGACGAGGAGAAGGAGGAGGAGGGGAAGAAGGAGCACGGGGAGGAGAAGGAGGAGGAUGAGGAGAAGGAAGAAGAGGAGCCGGUUCCCUGUCCCCUGACGGAGGAACACCUCAAGGAGGGCCUCUCUCUCCUCAGUAAGACCAGCAACGGGCUGGCCCACGCCUAUGUGAAGUUUGAAGCCAAAGACAAGGGCCUGACAGACAUCAGCCUCCUCGAACGCUUCAUUCACCUGCGGUAUGUGGAUUUGUCGAAGAACAAGCUGAAAGAUUUGGCCCCACUGAGCAGCCUAACCCAGCUGCUUUGGCUGAAGGUGGAUGAGAAUCUGCUCACCAGUGCCAGCAUGCAGGAGCUGCCCUACCUCCAAGUCAUCAGCUUUGAUCGCAACCGCAUCAUGGAUUUUGAGGGCCUUACUCACCCCCUCCUAGCCAACCUCAGCCUGAAAGAAAAUAAAAUCGAGACAGUGCAGGGCCUGAGUCACGACCAGUUGUUCAGCCUGGAGGUCCUGGAGCUUCGAGGAAACAAGAUAAAGACCACAGCAGGGCUCGGCGUUUCCAAGCUCAAGAAGCUCUAUCUGGCCAAGAACACCAUUUGCAGCCUUGAAGGCCUUGAGGAGUUUGAGCAGCUGGAGACUCUGCACCUGCGUGACAAUAAGCUUGAGGCCCUGGAUGGAUUUUCUAAUAGCAUGAAGUGCCUACAGUACCUCAAUCUACGGAGCAAUGGGAUCAAAAGCUUUCAGGAGGUGGAAAAGCUGCAGGUGCUCCCCAUGCUGCAGGCACUGGUGCUGAUGGACAAUCCAUGUGCUGAAGAACCCACUUACCGCCUGGAGGUCCUGUCCCGGCUGCCACAGCUGCAGCGCCUCGACAAGGAAUCGAUCGAGGAAGAGGAGAGGGAAGAGGCUGAAAAAAUCUGUCAGGCAAGGAAGGAAAAAGAAAAGGAAAUUGAAGAAUCUCUUGAGGAUACAGUGGCUGAGUGACCUGUUUUUAACACCUGUUUCCAGAGGCUGUCAAGAUGUAGUGAUGUCUUUCCCCAUUUGUGAGGCUUAGAAAGUGAGAGCUGUAGGUACCAGCUUCACCUCAUUUUACCUCUGGAGAAAAGAGGAGUGCUACUCACCCUGGUCCUGGAAGCUGCCCUGAGGCACUGCAGUGUUUUUGCAGUCACUGCACUAUGUUCUAUUCUCAGUAGGCCUGAGAGGGGAAAGGGGAGAGUUACAGGUUCUGUGGUUCGAUUUGAUUCCCAAAAACCCUGCAAGAUUUUCUGAUUUGAAUAAAAAUAAUUAAUGAGC